GAUAUUUCUUGGAGUCCUUACCGACCCAGAUAAGUUUACUAUUCCAAAAAUUGGCACGUUAUUCCGCUGUUCUUUGAGGCUGAGAAAGUGAAGUCUCCAACAUUUCAAUCCAAAAUAGAAAGAGAUUCAUAUCAUCAUUCUCGUCUAUCAAUUCAGUAUCUCUUUACUCCAAUGGUGUUAAGGGUGUUCAAAUUCAUCUCUAUGUAGUAUGUGGAUGUCUUGAAACUUGAAAGACUCUGAACGGAUAUAAAAUACUGCUUUGCUUUGAUCAGGUUCAAAUAACAGAAGUACGGGCAGCGGAGAAAGAUCCCUUCUUGACAGCGGUGAGAAAAGAAAAGUACAUAAAAAAAAAUACGGGUGGCUUUGAAAAAUGAGAAGGAGGGAGGCAGAGGAAAAAGACGUAUGGAGGAGCUUGGAAUGGUCUGGACGUCACGCUUCGUCUAACCUCUCUGUGCCUUUGAAAGAAAUCUAUUUGCUUCGAACGCCGGACCUGCGAUUUCAUGGCUGACAGUUUACUGGUGACUUGAUUGUAUCUGACGGGUAUGGGAGGUUGAAAUUACGUAAAUACCCUUAUUCAUUGCCUAUGGUUUGUGUUUUACCGGGUUAAUUAUGGAACUUCAAUCUACCUGCCAUCAGUACCUUCGAGCCCUGCGACAUUUUCCUCUUCCCAGACGGUUAUCCUACUCGUCGAGCUCAGGCCUUGGAAAGGAGGGCCCUGUCAGUUUUUGCCAAAACAAGCAAAGCCGUCCCUGCUUGGUUUCUCGCUCCCGACAGAAAGUUACUGAAGUCUGCAGCUACUCUCCUCUCACUCACUCUCUCUCAGUCGGUUGCGUCGCCUUGUUUCGUCACCUGCAAUUGCCGUCGCACAAAAGUCCUUCGGAACACGUAUUAGUGGAUCGACCCCCGGGGAGGGGGGGGGGGUGUUUGGAGCUAACGAAGAUGGAUGCAAUUAGCUUUGGCACAGAAGGAAACACCAUUCGAUCUUCUCGAAUUUCAGACUUGGGAACAUUUGAGCAGUCUCUUGGAUUUCGCAUAGAGGAUGCUGCUGACCUAAUCCCUGUAUAUUACCAGAUGAAGUCGAAUAGCCAGGCACUGGGUACAGAUAUUCAGUUUGCCACAUUAAAUAAGACAUUACAACUACAGACAGAACCACAAGCAAAUCUGGUUUCUACAUUUGGCGGCCAUCGUGAAAACUGGGGGGAGUCCACUAUGGCAGAAGCAAGCCCAAGGACUGAUACCUCAACAGAUGACACGGAUGAAAAGAAUCAUGGGCAUGAAAGGGGUCAAUUGACUGCUGUUGUAGUUUCUGAUUCCAGUGACAAAUCGAAAGAGAAAUCAGGGGAUCAGAAGAAAAUCUUACAGACACUACGCCGGCUUGCUCAAAAUCGUGAAGCUGCCAGAAAGAGCCGAUUAAGGAAAAAAGCAUAUGUACAGCAGCUUGAGAGUAGCCGGCUCAAGCUAACUCAACUAGAGCAAGAGCUGCAGCGAGCCCGCCAGCAGGGCAUAUUUAUUUCAAGCUCUGGAGACCAAUCCCAUUCGAUGAGUGGAAAUGGUGCCUUGGCAUUUGACGUGGAGUAUGCACGGUGGCUGGAAGAGCACAACAAGCAGAUAAAUGAGCUGAGGGCUGCAGUCAAUUCGCAUGCUGCUGAUGCUGAGCUUCGCACCAUUGUUGACAAUGUUACGGCACACUUUGAUGAUAUUUUUAGGCUGAAAGGCAUUGCGGGGAAAGCGGAUGUUUUCCACAUCUUGUCAGGAAUGUGGCAGACACCAGCGGAACGAUGUUUUAUGUGGAUUGGUGGCUUCCGAUCAUCUGAACUACUCAAGCUUCUUGUGAAUCAGUUGGAGCCGCUAACUGAGCAACAAUUGGUGGGCAUCUACAACUUGCAGCAGUCAUCCCAGCAGGCUGAAGAUGCUCUCUCACAGGGCAUGGAGGCAUUGCAGCAAUCCCUGGCCGAGACAUUGGCCAAUGGGUCACCAAGCCCAUCAGGAUCAUCUGGGAAUGUGGCGAACUAUAUGGGUCAAAUGGCCAUGGCAAUGGGAAAGCUUGGAACUCUUGAAGGGUUCCUUCGGCAGGCUGAUAAUCUGCGUCAACAAACACUCCAACAAAUGCACCGGAUAUUGACGACCAGGCAAUCAGCCCGAGCUCUUCUUGCAAAAAAUGACUACUUCUCUCGUCUACGAGCACUCAGUUCUCUCUGGCUUGCCCGGCCACGAGAAUGAGAAGCUCAGAAAUCCUCAAUGAAGAUGUUAUCCCGAAGGCAGCCCCCCCCCCCCCCAUCCUUGCGAAUUAAAGCUUCAAGUUUGUAAAGGGUCAGGCAUAUGAUUCACCAUUAAGUCAACUACAGCUGUUAUUAAAUUUCAAAUUCCUUUCGGGACCUGGAUGUGGUGCCGGAAGGUCACAUUUGUGAUAUAAGCCUCCAUCUGUAGUUCUAGUGUAGGUGGGGGUCACGUUUGUUUGUUGUUGAUAUUGUCUCCAUCUGUAGUUCUAGUGUCACAUAUGUUCGCCUAGGUAUAUUGUUCUUACUCAUUAUGCUCAAAACUAUGGUGAUAAUCUUAUUAUGUUAGAUGUUAAAUAGAACCAAUGAGAAAAAUAGCACAGUAGUUGUAAUGUAAUCUAGGUUACACUCCAAUUUGUAUACCAGAAUUUAUUUAUAUAUUAUCGGUGCAGGAAUUCUGUUUUGGUUGUUUGGGAA